AUUGUCAAAGGCACUUUGCAAAGAAAGUUUUGACAGAUCGAUCACAUUCAUACUAUGCUGCAGUCCGAUUUACUAACAUCCCUGAUGACAAUGUGUACGUAGUGAAAGGUCAAACUGCUAGAUUUACGUGGGACUACCAUGUUGAUAAUAUCAACACAGAGUUUGAUUCUAUGUCACCAAGAUGGUAUUUCUAUAACUACAGUUCUAUGAUUGGAUAUGCCGACAGAUAUGAUGGACGUAAAUUUAGAAUUUAUGAAAGAACUUGUCCAGCUCGAUUACGAACACCUACAGUACGAGUGAGUAUGGAGGGUAAAGCUACUUUGGUCAUCACAAAUGUAACCCUGGCUGAUUCUGGUACAUAUGUCUGCACACUGUUUUUACUCAGUGGUUCUCUCAGCUCGAUGCCAACAAGCAAAGCUCUACUGAUUGUUACAGAUACUCCAAAAUUUACUUCAAAACCCAAACCAAACGCAAUUGUCAUUGAAAACUCAGACUUGGACUCCACUUGCACAGCAGUUGGGACUCCAACACCAAAUGUUACUUGGGUACACGUUAUAAGAGGGGUUACUCUUAGUAAAGGUCUAGGGACUGCAAAACUAAGGUUACAAAAUAUUAACAGGACGCAGAGUGGGCCGUACGAGUGUCAUGCAAUCAACAACCCCAAUGAGAGACCUGUUGUUGCUAAAACUAUGGUUACAGUCUAUUACAAACCGACGGUUGAAAAGGCAUCUUCUACGGUUAACAUCAGCUCAUGGGCUGGCAACACAAUACGCCUGAGGUGUAAAUGGUCUAGUUCACUUCCAAGUCCAAGCUGGACAUGGUAUAAACCAAAUGGUGACCGCAUCACCAAUAUCAGUAGUAUUGGAAGGGGUAGUGAGGUCACUGUGGUGACUGGACAUGACAACGAUGAUUACGGAACGUACACUUGUAAAGCAACAAAUAUUGCUGGUAGUGAUCAGCAUAACAUAUCAGUCACUCGUCUCUUUCCACCUAGUCCGCCACAAGUCAUUGAAGUUGUAGGUAUUCAAUCAUCAUCAGUCAUGAUUAUCUGGACAAGACCAGUGGACAAUGGAGGAAGUCCUGUCGCUAAUUACAAACUCCUCAUUGAUUCUAAGAUUCUAUACGUCAAUUCAUCAAGCGCUCUGGCCUAUAAAGAGAUUUCUGGUUUAAAAGACGGCAAGACAUAUAAUGUCACCGUUUUGUCCGGGAAUAUUGCAGGAUAUGGUCUCGGUUCUAGCAAAGUAUUCAAGACUACUAAACAUGGAGCAAAAAGCAAGUCAUUACAGUGUAAUGACACUACUACAGUUGGUGUACUGGCUGCAUUCUUUACUAUUUCUUUGAUAGCCAUCUUCAUACUUUUAGCUUUCAUCUUCUGGAAGCAUAGGAGGAGAAACCCACAAAACACAAAACAAGAACAAAAAAGCGACGCUGUGUAURCCGUAAGUAUUGAUUUUAAUUAA